AUGCCUAAAGCCACCGGAGUCGCUUUCGAUCGCGGAACACCCUUCGAGAUGGCCGGUCCCAUAAUGCCAAUAGCAGAUGCAUCGUCUGAUCUUCAUUCAACCUUCGCCAAGCGAGACGGUCCCCGCUUCGCGAAAAACCUAGGCCACAUCAUCGGUGUCAUCAUACUGGCCCUCGGUGUUGUUCUCGUAGGCUUCCUGGCGAUCAAGUACUGUAGGGGUCUGAUUCCCACGACCCAUGAUCCGGAAAAGGGUGAUAGCCGCCGUCGCUAUCCACACUAUGAAGAGGUCGUCCGUGGACGCCGACGCCGCCGUGACGGCUCACCUUCCACCACCCACUAUGAUGACAUACCAAUUUCGGAGGGAUAUGGCAUGGAUCCGGUCGACCUCGCUCGCGCCCAGAACUGGCAGGACGGCUUCGACGAAAAAGUCAGUCGCAACGCAUGGAACUGGUGA